CGCCUACGUCUCUCUCGUCUAUAAAACACAAAUACCGAUCGUUCUCGUUAUCAAAUUGAUUUCAUCCCUUAAUCAAUCCCUUUUGGAUUGUAAUCUUUGUGCAGCCUCCAAUUUUUACACUCAGAAGGAACGCAUCAGUUGGUUUCAAAUACCGAAAGCAGAUGGAGCUAGAAGAAGCACCAUACAGGAGGUGGACAAGUAAAAAUAUUGCACUCGAUGAGAAAUUUGAGACCAUUAUGCUUAAUUAUGAUCGAAAAAACGACAGGUGGAAUGCUGCAUUGUCUGCUCAUGAAAUUGAAAAACAUGAAGCUAGAGAAAAAGUUAGGAAAAACUACUUGGAAAAACUAAAAAAGAAGCUACAAGAGAAGUAUAUUAGUGAAAAUGCAGGUGUUGAAGAAAAUAAUGGUUCCGAUAUGCAUGUUUUCAAGGGUUAUUUACAUGAAGAAAAUGUGUACGUGAAUAAUCAUACUGCGGUUUGGGGUUCAUGGUGGAAGGAUCAUCAGUGGGGAUACAAAUGCUGCAAACAGCUUCUUAGGAACAGUUAUUGCACCGGUGAAGCAGCUGCAGCCAAUCUAAUGUAGAGGUUUCUGAAUUGGUCAUUUAUCUGGGUUAUCUUUUAGUAUUUCUUAAGGGUCAAAUGGGCCAGAGAGGAAACAUGUUAAUUUGGUGGAUUGUAGUAGACCAUAUUGUAAUUUUAUUUUAAAGGCAGACAAAACACCAUCUUAUUUGCUU